AUGGGGACCAAUGCUGAUUACGACGAGAAGGCUGUUGCGGGAUCCCUUACUGCAAACAACAAUGGCGACUGCCAUGAACUUCCUACUCCGUCAGAGGAGAAACCCUCAGAGGAACCGAUAUACGAUACCGGCUUUAAGUCAUGGAUCCAAGUGCUAGGCUCUUUCUUCCUUUUCUUCAACUCAUGGGGUGUCAUUAACACCUGGGGUGCUUUCCAAACGUAUUAUGAGCAGGACUUGUUGUCGGACAUGUCAUCGUCCAACAUCGCCUGGAUUGGCUCACUCCAAGCUUUCCUGCUCAUGCUUUUUGGUGUGGUGACAGGACCUCUCUUCGAUGCUGGCUAUUUCCGUGCUCUGCUCACGUUUGGAAGCAUCAUGCUUCCCUUUGGGUUGAUGAUGACCAGUCUUGCUACCAAGUUCUGGCAGCUGAUCCUGGCCCAAGGUAUCGUUAUUGGUCUGUCUGCCGGAUGUCUGUUCGUCCCAUCCGUCGCCAUUCUGCCUCAGUACUUCAAGAAGAGACGCGGUCUGGCCAACGGUCUUGCCGCUUCAGGCAGCAGUAUCGGAGGUGUGAUCUACCCGAUCAUGUUUGACCAGCUGCAGCACAAGGUCGGCUUUCCCUGGGCGACGAGAGCUAUCGGCUUCCUCUGUUUCGGGACCUGCUGCAUCUCAUACAGCAUCAUGCGUAUGCGCUUCCAGCCGACAGAGAAGCGCAAGCUGGUCCAGUUGGCUGCCUUCAAGGAGCCACAUUUCGUGAUGUUUUGCAUUGGCAUGUUCCUGGGUUUCCUUGGAUUCUACAACUUCCUCUUCUAUAUCCAAUCCUAUGCCAUCGACACGGGUAUCGUUGGUUCCACCCUCGGAUUCUAUCUGCUCUCCAUGCUGAAUGCGGGGUCCACCAUCGGACGUAUCUGUCCGAACUUCAUCGCAGACCACACGGGUCCCCUGAACGUCCUCACUCCUGCAGCUACCGCUACCGCCAUUCUCGCUUUCGCUUGGAUCGGAGUCCACAAUGCGCCAGGUAUCAUUGUUCUCUCAGUGCUGUAUGGUCUCUGCUCCGGUGGGUUCGUGUCACUUCCGCCGGUCGUGAUGGUGACUCUGACCAAGGACAUCCGUGACCUGGGCACUCGUCUAGGCAUGGUGUUCGCAAUCACCUCUGUUGGACUGCUGAUCGGUACACCUAUCGGCGGAGCCAUCUUGAGCAACUCGGGCAGCUACCUGGGAGUGCAGCUCUUCACAGCCUGCUGUCUCAUCACGUCUGCCUCCGUCUUUGCCGCGCUGAGAUUCUCUCGCUCGAAUAUGAGACUGAUCGCGCGUGUGUGA